AUGAUUGCCCGUCUUCAUUACUAUUCGGAUAAAGAAAAGAUCAUGUCACUGUCCCGGACCAAAGGCAAACUUUUCUUUGAAGGAGCACAGGUUCACAUCUUCCCGGAUAUGAGCCCAGAGGUAGGACGACAACGUGCGGCCUUCAAUCAAGUAAAAACCAAACUUCGUGACGCUGGAAUCAAGUACAGAAUGCUCUUCCCUGCCAAGCUGGAGAUAACAGUUGAUGAUUCCAGAAUGACCUUCAUCGAUCCAUGUGCAGUGGAGAGAUUCAUUAACCGCAACAAAUCCUCGUCAUCGGAGGAGCAUUGA